UCGAACUUCCGCAUUGCGAUCAUGACGUCGAUGUCAACACAGACGUUAGCAGGCAGUUCGAGUCGUCUGCUAGAGGUGGUGGGCGAUGCAGUCGCUAUAGGAGUAAUGGAACGUAAAGAUGGGACGACUUUCUUUCAAAACAUAUGAUUACAUUAUGGGAUGUCUGUCGAGCAAAGUUGGACCAGAUGCAGAAACCAAUCCAGAUUCAGUUCCAAAUGAAAAUGAGUCAAGUGUUAUGCAAUCAUGUGCUGGAAGAAAUACUCCACAGAUGGAAAAGGACCAUAACAUUAUUCGAGGGGAUAUUACACGGAAAUACGAGGCCCGAAAAGCACGUGAAGAGACACUUCGAAAAAAACAGCUGAGAAUUACAUCUGCUGCAGAGGAUUUAUCACACCGCAUCAUGGAGGAACGAGACAGGCUGUCACUAAGGUCACAUACAGUGUCACGCGCCACGUCACGAACAGGGUCUCCGUCUCAGCAGAAGAAGCAUGUGACAUUCUCAACAAUUUCUGCAACUACUAUCUCAACAGCCGACUCAGACAAAAGUGCUAUCAAGAAAACACCAACAAAAUAACAGACUGGCACACAUGAGUAAUGUGUGGUUAUCUGUAUAUACUUGCUUUAUAAGUUGUGAAACACAUUCCACCUACAUUUCAACAAUCUAUAUGCUGGACACCUGUGAUAACGUAGAAUUAUACUUCAUAUUAUGUUCAUCCAUUUUCUGCUUAAGAUGCUCGCAUACUUUUUCAUGAUCUGCUUUUCAUACCUGCUGACUUGUCUUAGCAAGAUAUGCAAAAACUGUGGGACAAGAUAUUGAAUUUAUGUAGAUAUUAGUAUACAUUUAGUAUAGUGGUUACAUCAAACUAUAGUGUACAUUUUGGAAGUGCAAUAAAAAUAACACAUGUGAA